AUGAUGAAGUCUUCUCCUUUGGAGUGGGUAAUGGUCAAGACGACCCUCCCAUCUUCUCCUCUUCCACCCUUGGACACUCGUCCAGAGAUUCGGACUGAGCGACUGGUUCUACGCUCGACGUUGGAAAGCGAUUUGGAGGGAUGGCAUGCUCUGCGCCUCCAACCGGAGGUUAUGAAAUGGACUGGGCAGGGAAAACCAGAUCCGGAUAUCGACUGGUCUAGGGAGAAGUUGAAGCAGAGGCUGUCACCAGAAGGCGAUGCCAAGUACGAAUACAUUGUUUGCCUGGCUGACACAGGAGAGAUGAUAGGGAUCGCAGGUAGCCAUAUGCUGGUGGGAGAGCUGGGAUGGCCUGUGAUCGGGUACAUGCUUCGUAAGGAGUUUUGGGGCAAAGGGUAUGCUACGGAACUAGUGCAUGCGUUUUUGAAAGCCUGGUGGGCGCUUCCACGCGCUGAUGUCGACGUAAGGGUAGAGAAGAGCACAGCGGUGGAGGGAGACGAUGGUAAAGUGAGGGAAUGCAUUGUUGCUGUGACGCUUGACAACAAUACGCCAAGCCAGAGGGUUCUCGCCAAGGCGAAUAUGUAUUUUGUUAAGGCUUGGGACGAGGUUGAUAAGCAGGAUCAGUCACUGACUGAGACUCUGUACGGCUAUGUGGCUAAACGGCCGAUGUCGUAA